AUGAUUUACAACAGCGGAAACGUCGCCGCCGUGCCCAACGUCGACCUCUUGACCUUUCUCUUUGAGCACCCGACGUGCCGAGCAGAGGAAGACACGCCCUUGCACGCCGAGGCGCAUGAUGCCGCUCACGUCAUUACCAAGUCGGCAGCCCGCGACCUGACCAGGCAAUUCGCCCAUUUCCUCCGGCACACCUACGGCGUGGGAAGCUCCGGACCCGGCCAAGACGUCGUCGUCUCCGUGUCGACUGGCCAGAGCGCGCUGCCCUGCGUGUUCUGGGGCGUCAUCGGCGCCGAGGGCAUCUACUCUGCCGCGUCCUCGGCCAGCACGCCCGCAGACCUGGCCGGGCAGAUCAACGACGGGCCGGGCAGGGUGCUGGUCUGCAGCGACGACCUGCGCCCUCUCGCCGAGGCAGCCGCCGGAGCCGCCGGGCUUCCCCUGCGCAACGUGCUCGUCCUCAAGUCACACCCACGUCUUGAGCUCCGCAGCGCCGACGGCUCGGCCGCGUGCGACUUCAGACAGGGCCUCGAGUGGCCGAGGAUAACGGACCCGGAAGAGCUGGAACACCGCACCAUCUGCAUACUGUACUCUUCCGGAACGACGGGUCUGCCCAAAGGCGUCCGAGUCUCGCACACAAACAUGGUCGCGGAAGCCGUGCUGCCCUCGACCCAGAACCGCCCCGUGUUCGAGCAGUGGGAAAAGGAGGGCCGGCCGUUCGAGGGCCGCACCCUCGGCCAUCUCCCGGCCGCCCACAUCGCCGGCGUGCAGGGCUAUUUUGUCAGCCCCUUCUACGAGGGCAGCUGCGUCUACUGGAUGCCCAAGUUCAACUUUGACGACUUCAUCAGGUACUGCGCGGAGCUGCGCAUCACGCACUUGUUCAGCGUGCCGCCAAUCUACAUGGCCAUUGCGAAGCACCCAGCCGUCAAGGACCAGCUGAAGCACCUCCGGUAUGCAGUCAGCGGCGCGGCGCCGCUCAACGGCGAGACCCAAGAGGCUGCGAGCAGGAAGCUGCCGAGCGACGCGUACUUGGCCCAGAUUUGGGGCAUGAGCGAAUCGACGGGGACGGUGACGAACCUGGCCCCCGACAGGUCGCCGACCAACAGCGCCCUGGGGUACCUGCUUCCCAACAUUACCCUACGGCUGGUGGACGAGGACGAAAACGACGUCAAGCCAGGCGAGGCCGGGGAAGCCUGGCUCAAGGGCCCCGUCAUAACAAAGGGCUACCACAACAACGCCGAGGCCAACAAGUCCUCCUUCAGCGCCGACGGCUGGUUCAAGACGGGCGACAUCCUCCGCGUGGAGGAGCACCAGCUGUACAUUGUCGACAGGAAAAAGGAACUCAUCAAAUACAAGGGCCUGCAAGUCGCUCCCGCCGAGCUGGAGGGCAUUCUCAUUGCGCACCCGGCCGUCGUGGACGCCGCGGUGGUCGGCGUUGCGCACGACGGGGACGAGUUGCCGAGAGCAUAUGUUGUUGUGGCGCCAGCUGCACGGGGCAAGAUUACCGAGGACGAGCUGAAGGAUCAUGUCAAGAGCCAGGUUUCGAGGCACAAGCAGCUCAGGGGUGGCGUCGUUUUCGUCGACGAGGUGCCUCGCAGCCCCUCGGGCAAGAUCUUGAGACGGCAGCUCAGGGACCGGCACAAGACGGAGGGCACGCAGCCCAAGCUGUAG